CGACUCUUAACGUCUUUUAAAUUCACUCCUUCGCAAUCACUCCUCCAGUCCGCUGCGAUGUACUCCCAAAACGUCACCCAGGUGGGCAUCAUGGGCGAAACCCUCCACGACAGACCCAGAAGAAGCGUCUUCAUGGAAAGUGGACUCAACAGCGCCGCUUCCUACCACGCACCCACCAAAGUGGCCCCUGCACCCAUCAAAUUCGUCAACAAACCCAGCGACGCCUUCUCCGACCCUAGCAAGAAGUACGGAGUGAUUUACGAAGGCUUGAAACCGCUGCACCUUUUGAUGAGGAUCGUGGGCAUUUUCCCCAUCGCGGCUAUGGAAAAUCGGGUGUUUAGAUUGGUACCGCAGUGGCUGGGGUACUCGGUGGUGGUUUUCUUGGUUAUGGUGGGCUACAUUGGGUAUCUGGAGUGGGACUCGGUGGAGAUCGUGCGGUCGCAGGAGGGUCGCUUCGAGGAGGCGGUUAUCGAUUAUUUGUUCACUGUGUAUUUAUUGCCCAUCGUUAUCAAUCCCAUUGUGUGGUAUGAGGGGAGGAAGAUGGCGAGUGUGAUUACGGACUGGGUUUUCUUCGAAGCGAUAUACUACAAGGUGACGAAGAAGAAGUUGGAUCUUUUUUUUGGAAAUAAACCAGUGAUUGUGGCGGUGGUUUUACCCUUUGUCGCGUGCGCUACCAUGGUGCUGACCCAUAUUACCAUGGCGCAUUUCAAGGUAGUACAGGUGAUCCCCUACUGCUACAUCAACAGCGUAAUCUACCUCAUCGGGGGCUUCUGGUUCAUGCAGUGCGACGUAGUAGGAAAAGUAGCCACUCAAGUCGCUAACGACUUCCAAAUGGCCCUACGUCACGUCGGCCCCACGUCCCAAAUGGCCGACUACCGCGCCCUCUGGAUGCUCCUAAGCAAGCAAAUUCGAGACGUGGGCAACGCUUCAGGAUACACCGUCACCUUCCUCUGCCUAUACCUCUUUCUUAUCAUAACUUUGACAAUCUAUGGUCUUUUGUCGCAGCUACAAACCGGCUUCAACAGCAAAGACAUCGGUUUGAUGGUGAACGCGGCUUUGGCUGUCGCCAUUCUGUACUUCAUUUGCGAUGAGGCUCACUACGCGUCGAACUGCGUGAGGGUGCAAUUCCAGAAGAAGCUGCUUCUGGUGGAGCUGACGUGGAUGAACGAAGACGCUCAGCAAGAGAUUAACAUGUUCUUGAGGGCGACGGAGAUGAGCCCGACGGAUAUGUGUCUUGUGGGAUUCUUCGAUGUCAACAGGAACUUAUUCAAGUCGCUUUUGGCUACGAUGGUCACGUACCUGGUUGUGCUUUUGCAGUUCCAGAUAAGCAUCCCCGAGGAUGCGGGAGACGUCGGGAACAACACCGUGGUUCUAGUAACGCAAGGACCAAAAUAG